GGUGUCCGGGCGAACCGGGGUCAUAAAUGGAACACUCCCAUAAGUUGUGGGUCCCGUUCCGAUUAGCUUCACGUAACUUUUUUCGCGUCAUGUACGCCGUUUAUUGUUCGUUUGUUUGCAUUUUAAAUCGACAUUUUAGCGGCUUACACAAACCAAAUGUGGUGAUUUUGUGAAUGAGUUUCUACAAGUGGUGAAAACCGGCGAUUAGAGACAAAUUGAGCUUUUUUUUUCAGCAAACGAAUUGGAACGAGCCGGAAGUCGAACGCUUAAAACGAGAAAACAGGUGGCGGGAAUUAAAAACACGAGAAGCAGCUCUUCAUCAAAAAUAACUUUGUACCACUUGUUGUCCGUUGUUUGUUAUCUGUCGUAAGAAGAUAUAAGUACUAACUGGAGCAGGCCAGGCAUGAGUGGCGCACACCUGGACGAAUGGCAGAGGAGGUCCUUUGACAUUUCAUCUGGCAACUGCACACCUGAACAGACGGCCGAUGCCUACCGGGCCCACAUCCUCUCCAUUCAGUAUGCAUGGGCAAGCUCCCGGCUCUCUCAGGCCGGCGUGGCCAGCCUGCUCAGGACCUACUCGGAGCGCUAUGCCGCAGUGCUGGACUCGGAUGACCCCCGCGCAGGGCUGAACAACUAUGCAGAGAGUGCGCUGCAUCUGGCCCGCAGUCAGAGGAACUACAGUGACAAAUGGGAGUCGUCCCUGACGGUGGAGAGUGUGCUGGAGCUGCCCUGCGUGCAGAAGAUGAUUCGGGCAGGGGCAGGGGGAGGAGGCUCCCUGGUGGCACCGGGAGAUGUUAACAUAUGUGUGGGGCAAGAGAGCAGAGGCAGCUCCCUGUCUGCUCCCUCCACCGGAGUCCGGUCAGAGGCUGCAUUGUUCAAACCUAUAGGACCACCACAGCCUAAAACAGAGGUUCACAACACUGCCAGGAAUCCCGCUUCUAGUAUUACGUCAGAGAGGCCAAGAGGCUAUGAGGUGAUCUCAGGUAAUCUGAGCUCAUUCCCCCGACCUCCAGCCCGACCACAGUCUGUGUUCGGUCAUCCUUCUUCGGUUCUUCCACAGGGAAACUCUGGCCCUGCAGGCGGCGCACAGAACUAUCAGUCCUUCUCCACCUCCAAUCCAUCUAAGCGGAAGAAUUUUUACAACCCAGAUGGAGGUGACGGUGGCAGGGGGCAACACGGAGGUCAAGCAGGCGCUGACCCGCGAGCUGGAAGCAGCUUCAAAACCGCUCGCGAUCAGUUCAUCGUUGAUCAACAGAAAAAGCACUCCCAUCAGCCCCAGAGAGGUCCGGCCGCUGGGAUGGCAGCGACUGUGAAGAAAUCUCUGGGUGCUAACAGACCUCGAGGUACAUUUUCUAAAUUUGUGUCGCCUAUUCCACGACAGGAGGAGGAAGACGGUGGGACGAGCCGUAAUCCCGGUGAGGAAGCUCAGAUCGUGGACGAGCGUCUGAAAAACAUCGAGCCGAAGAUCAUCGAGCUGAUCAUGAGUGAGAUCAUGGACCACGGGCCUCCUGUGACCUGGGAGGACAUAGCAGGCCUGGAGUUUGCCAAGACCACUAUAAAGGAGAUCGUGGUUUGGCCCAUGCUCCGACCUGACAUCUUUACUGGCCUCCGUGGUCCACCCAAAGGCAUCCUCCUGUUUGGACCCCCAGGAACCGGAAAAACUCUAAUAGGAAAAUGCAUAGCUUGCCAGUCAGGUGCCACCUUCUUCAGCAUCAGCGCCUCGUCGCUCACAUCCAAGUGGGUGGGCGAAGGAGAAAAAAUGGUGCGAGCCCUGUUUGCCAUCGCCCGCUGCCACCAGCCUGCUGUCAUUUUCAUCGACGAGAUCGACUCGCUGUUGUCCCAGCGGACGGACGGGGAGCACGACUCAUCGCGAAGGAUAAAGACGGAGUUCUUGGUUCAGCUGGAUGGGGCAGCCACAGCAGCUGAGGACCGCAUCCUGGUGGUUGGGGCCACAAACCGGCCCCAAGAGAUCGACGAGGCUGCCCGCCGACGCCUGGCAAAGAGGUUGUACAUUCCUCUCCCUGAAGCAACCGCCCGGUGGCAGAUAGUGACUAACCUCAUGGCUCAAGAGAAGAACCAGCUGAGAGAGCAAGAGCUGGACAGCGUGGUCACUGCCACCGAGGGCUUCUCAGGGGCCGAUAUGACUCAGCUGUGUAGAGAGGCGGCUCUGGGGCCCAUCCGCAGCAUCCAGCUCAGUGACAUCGCCACAAUCACUGCGGAUCAGGUGCGACCAAUCCUCCACUGUGACUUCCAGGAGGCCCUGAAGACGGUCCGACCCAGUGUGUCAUCAAAAGACUUGGAGCUGUAUGAAGAGUGGAAUAAGACUUUUGGAUGUGGACGUUAAAGUCAUCAUCCCCAUUAUCCUCUACCUCGAUAAAGCUACGGGUGUGAUGUUGAACUGAGUUGAGAUAAACGUUUCAGAAAUAUAGAUGUUAAACAUUCAGAAAGUUGCAAUGUGAGCACAACAAUUAACACAAAUUCAAUCAAUCUUGAUGAAUUCUCCACUACCACGAUCCAAAUUUUGUCCAAACUUUUCUGCAACAUGAUUUAAUUGUCUUAUUUUCUGCGUAAAAACCUUGUCACCAAAUGCAAACGUCUCACAUUUACCCUGUCCAAACAGUGUGAAUUUAUUCUCACUGUAACAAGUUGCCGUUUUUAAAUGAAUUAUACAACAUUUGCAACAUUCUUUGGGCAAAUUUCACUUUCUCACACUAAUUAAUUGCAAAAAAUGCCUAAAAAUCUGUGUGAAAUCAGGCAUUUUAGGCUGCAACAAUCCUGGAGAGGCUGAAUAUUGGGAGUGGGUGGACAGAAUAGCAGCAGUACUUUACACUAUUGCCUAAAAACAUGACCUUGCAGUUUCAGAUCAACAACUCUGUGAAAGCCUCACCAAAAAGCUUCACAAGGAUUUGUUUUCUAAAAGCAGAGAUGUGUGUUAGAUACUGAGCCGGUUUCGGUUAUUUUGUCCACCUCUUGUGUGUCCAACCUCUCUACAACCAGCCUGGUGUUUCGUGGCCCAUUAACAUUCGUCCUUACUCACAGGCAGACCUGGAACUAAAAUAAACAUAUCAGCUGAAACAAGCGAACAGUGAGUUAUCAUAGUUUUUUGGAAAAUGUCUGAAAAGCAGCCGCACACUUGUUCUAGUUCUUCUUACUCACAGUAACCUUUGUGGUGAGAGUGUAAAUGACUGUGUGGAGAAGUCGCUGUGCUGCAUUAAUAUUUUCAGGAGAUUGUAAUGGGUAGACUGUUUUGUUUGGAUCUUAAUUUUACUGUUUUGUGGUUCGAUGUAAGCAUUAGGGACCGUGCUGUUGUGUUCAAGUUAAAGCAAUUACCUCUGUCUGAAUUCCUUUUAUAGCAAUUAGCAUCCUUUUGUAAUAUUUUGACGAUUUAGCAUUUAUUCCCAAUCACAUUUUUGAUUAAUUGCAUCGCUAAAAUGCUAUUUUUUCACAAUAAAAUUAAAG